AUGGCCUUCAGUGGGACCUGGAAUGUCUUUUCUCAGGAGAACUAUGAAAAUUUCUUGAAGGCUGCUGGUUUGCCUGAUGACAUCGUCAAAGUAGCAAAAGAUGUUAACCCAGUGAUUGAAAUCCAGCAAAAUGGAAAUGACUUUGUUGUUACAUCAAAGACCCCAAAGCAUUCUCAGAGUAAUUCCUUUACUGUUGGGAAGGAAGCAGAAAUCACAGCUGCUGGUGGGAAAAAAAAUCAAGUCACUGUACAGCUAGAAGGAGGAAAACUUAUUUGCAAGAGUGACAAAUUUACUCACAUCCAAGAAGUUAAUGGAGAUGAAAUGGUGGAACAAAUCAGCAUCGGCUCAACAACACUGAUCAGGAAAAGCAAGAGAUCCUAA